UUGAGUACUUUCACAAGCGUGUUAUUUGCUGUAUAAAUCGAUUGUUGAUUAAAAUAAAAUUAAAAAAAAAAAAUAGACGCUGACGCCGUUGGAAAUCGACCCAGUUUAUUUAACACUUUAUUUAUUUAUUUUUGUUUUUUCAUUGUGGUCGUGUGUGUGCGUGUGUGAUGAAGUGGAUUGGGCAUGAGAAAAUAAGUUUUAAUUGAUAUGUUUUGUGUUUAUGUGUGUAACGGACGUGAGAUCAUGUUUUGAUAAGAAAAAUAUUUUUUUAGUGAUUUGUGUGGUGAGAUUUGUGUGUUUGUGGUGAUAAAGUGUCGCUGGAUUUCUUGUGGAUGAGAAUUUGGGAUUAGAAAAAUUGAUCGAUGCAUCGUAGGAAUGGCAGAAAAGAUAAGGGAGGCGUCUGCACGCGGAGAAAUAACACGUUUAACAAGACUAUUAGAUGAUGGCAUUAAACCAUUGCCAGACGAGCACGGUCGCUCCGCGUUAUUUAUUGCCGCCGCUUCUGGGCAACUCGACGCUAGUGAAAUAUUAAUAAAGUACGGCUUAGAUGUCAAUACACCAGAUAACACCGGAGUCACUCCGUUGCAAAAAGCCGCUGCCGAGGGACAUCUUGAAGUCGUUGAGCUUUUGCUGAAACAUGGAGCUGACGUUUCGAGGCAGGAUAAUGUUCAUGGAAACUCGGCACUACACGAAGCCUGUUGGCGAGGAUACAGUCGCACAGUGUCGGUACUAGCCAAAGCCUUGGGGACACAACGAGGCCCUCUGCACGCAAGAAAUUUUUCCGGAUUCGCUCCACUGCACUUAGCUUGUCAAAAUGGACAUAAUCAAAGUUGCCGUGAGCUGCUACUGGCUGGUUGCAAUCCUGACCUUCAAAAUAACUGUGGAGAUACUCCUUUGCAUACUGCGGCACGCUACGGCCAUGCAGGUGUUACCAGAAUAUUAAUUUCUGCGCUUUGUCGUGUUUCGGAUCAGAAUAAAAAUGGCGACACUGCGCUUCAUAUUGCAUCGGCAAUGGGCCGUCGUAAGCUGACCCGAAUCCUUCUGGAAGCCAAUUGUGACCGGACGCUUCGUAACAAGCAGAAUGAGACUGCCAAGGACAUCGCGCGACGUAAGAACCUCGUAGAGAUUCUGGAGAUCAUCAACAAGGCCAAGUCUAAGUCUCGGUCCCAUUCCAAGACCCGGUCCCAAGAUGGGGUUGACUCGGUUCCCAAAAGUCCGCUACCUCGGGACUCGCAGCUGAAUGCUUCCAAGCGUAAAGAUUCUAAGGAAAACAAAGAGUCCAAAGACAAGGAGCCGAAAUCAAAGGAUCUGAAGGAAAAGGUCAAGGAAAUUAAGGACAAGGUAAAGGAAUUCAAGGAGAAGGAUAAAAAACCCAAAGAAAAAAAUAAAGUCCACUUUGAAUCCCAGAGGCAGUGGUCACCUUACGGCUGUCACUAUUAUCCUGACCCUGAGUCAUUUCCUUCUCCGAAGCUCGACUCCUUGCCCUCGGACCCUCUGGCACGAGGAGAACAGUAUUAUCUCGAUUUGGCGGGAAAUAUUAGAAAGGGACCGGUUGGUGUGGGCUAUACUUGCUACUGUGCGCCAUUUUUCAGGCAUAUGGAAGCCAAAAUGAAGCGUGACAAGGCUGAAUUGAAGGCUCACAUCGAGCAGGCCCACGAAAGGCUCGAUCUGAAGGUGGCGCAUCUGGAAAAACGGACACGAGGGCAAAUUUCAGAGCUUACGCGUCAUUUUGUCGCUGAAAAGGCUCGUUGUGAAGACAAGCAUGCGCACAUGCGACGUUGGCUUACGCGAAAUGGCGCUGGAAGACAUUCGGAACGACCUGCGCAGCCCGCGCAUACACAGAAACGAACUGCGCAUGGUUCGGGACCUGUGAGGGCGAGGUCAGUUGAAGAUUUGUUGGAUGAGCGACCAGCAGACAGGAGUUUCGAGAUUCCUGGAGAAACUUCAGGCCAGAGAUUGGGAAGUCUGGACAAUUUGGACAUCCCAGCGAUUCCGAGAUUGAGUAAAAGCUUGAAGGAUCUACCGCAUGAGAACGGAAGAGUUCUGAGAGUACUUGACGUUGCUCCGAGAUUAAAUGAGACCUUUGACGGCGUGAUUGGCCGAAACCGAUCUCAGGAUCACGCCUGGAUGGAAGAAACGAGCCGGCUCGAAGGACCAAAUCGGACGGAAGCCGAAGAAGAUCUAGAGCUCGCUAACAGCCGGAGAAGUGUUCACGAGAUGAUCAAAAGGUUCCAGCAGAUUCCGGGGAUGCACAAGGGCCGUAGGCCCAAGAGUGAACUCGCAGACUCUAAAAGUCGGGCCUCAGGCAGCUGGAACGCCAACGACAGUGAGAGCAGCGAAGUCGACGACCCGGCCCCGAAUAAAAACGCGGGACUUUUGGGAGGAAAUAGCCAACUAGUGGAUCAGAGUGCGAUCAAUUUGACUGGGGGUAAUAAUUACGAGACUAUUGCGAGGAUGCCCUACCGCAGUCGCAGCGCUGUCUACAGCCCAACGCCUUUCCAUCACACCAUGGGGGCCCAUGGGCACGAUGAUGUCCACAACGACUCGGGCUACAGCACACGGAUGUACGGCUCCAGUAAAGGAGCUUCGCCAUCUUUGUCAGGGCAACUGGACUGCGAUGUUCUCAUGCAGUCACGUAAUUUUUCGAGCCGAGAGCACUUAGCAGCCCUCUUGGAGCAGCCACGAGUCAACGCGUCAUUAAAUGCGAGCAAUGGCAUCCACAAUGGCCACGAACUGACGGUUUUUGAACGCAGUUCCGAUAAUAUGGUAAUUAAUAUCGGUACUGCAAGUCUUGUUUAA